CACAAUUCCGUCUUCUCCUCUGGUUUUCAUACCAAAUUCCAAGCUGCCGCGUCUCCCGAUAGGGCUUACCUUUCCCGUCGGCCUGACUCUGCAUUGGUAGGUUGAAGCUUACAAAGAGGUACCUCCUGCCAGACUCCCAGACACGCACCAAAGGAACCCAGAAGGUCCUCCGCCGGGCUAUCGCUGCGUCCCUUGUCAGGUAGGGCUCCAAGAUCCCAGACGUCCUUUUGUCCCGUCCUUUUAUUUGGUUGAGGUGCUGGGGACGACGAGGCAGUGCAGUUUGAUUGAUCCCACUUCCCAGCGGGCCAUUCCAUCAUCGUUCAUUCCAUUCCAUCGUCACCCCGAGCUUCGCUCAGCCAGAUUAACUCUCGGCACCCAGUUUUCCUGCAGCCUGCUCCACCCUGAUCCGACCGGACCCGCCACGCCAUCCACUGUCGAACCAGUGCCGUCCGCCCAGGCAGCGCGGCUUUCUACCUCCUACCUCUCUUGGCUGGUACCUGAUCUAUUUCACCAACCUGCCUCCAAAUUCUCCAACUCACACUUUGCAAUCCUCCCACCACGCCCCAGGUACAACUGGCCAUCGAACACGCCCCAGGAGCUGCGCCAGAGUGCCCCCCAAAUUGAGCAGCAGAGGUCGCGUCCAAUCCAUCAAUUGGGAAGCCUUCGCCAACCAUUCCUGCGAUUCCACACACGGCCCCCGCAGCAUCAGAGCACAGAACGAAAAAAAAUAGCCCGUCGCCAGCCUGGAGCAACCUUCCUGCUUCCGCCGAGAUACAGAGCUAACAUACACACACGCAACGCUGGACCGCCGUCACAUCGGUCGCCAGCCUACCGGCUCAUCCGCCGACCCAACUGUCGAGGUAGCCACUCGUCCUUUUUAUUUCUCCCCAGCUCCCCCGGCAACAGCAGCUUCUUUGGAAGUUGCUGUCGCUGCGGCCAACAACGGCACCACGGAUCGCGUAAUCUUCUACUCGACGGCGGCGCCUCCGUCACCCGCUCCAUCGACCUCAGGCCACAUCCCGACCCCACCACAGCUUGGACAGCAACAGACGCUGCAAGACCCGAACCUCGCCGGCGUCGCCCCUCCCGUCGGCGCACCCUUGGGCUCGUCAGCCGGAUCGCAGCAACCCAUCGCCAGCUGGAGUGCGCCCCCCGCGCCCGCGCCCAUACCGGCGCCCUCGGUCACACCCUCGGUCGCACCCGUGGCCAAGACACGGGGUCCCAACCAGACCCCGACCGCGGCAAGAUCCAUGCCUCAGUCACCCGCACCCACGCUACUGCCGCCGCCCGAGGGCAUCUACAGAUCCUUCGAGGAUCUCCUUACUACCGUCCAGCAGUUUGCCAAGGAGCAGGGCUAUGGCGUCGUGAAGCUACGCGCCUCAAACUACCGCGACGGGAAACCGACCCGCUACGAUCUCGUGUGUGACCGCGGCGGCGUCAAGUACUCGAGCACCGCUAAGAAGCGGAAUCCGUCGACGCGCAAAGUCGACUGUCCCUGGCGCGCAAAGGCCGUCUGCGAGGUACAGCUCAGCAACCAGUGGCGCUUCGCCGUCCAAGAACAAAGGCAUAAUCACGAGCCGCGCCUUCCCGCCGUGCCCCCUGGCCAAGAGAACACACCCCUUGCCCAGACGAUGCGAACCCUGAUGAAUAAGAUCGACCGGCUGAGCCACGACGUCUCGCACGGCUUCAGUCACCUAGAGACUCGCCUAGAUGGCCUCGAGAAACGCCUAGAGGCCAUGGAGCAGAGCCAAAACAACCGCAACAUCAUGAACGCCAUGGCCAACCCACCCCUUGACAGCCGCCUAACCAACAUGGACACCAGUCGGAUGAACAACAUGGACGCCAGGGUCGGUGCCAUGGAGCGCGCCGACAUGAUGAACCGCGCAAACGGCAUGGAUCACAUGACCGGGAUGGAUGACGUGGAAGCUAGACUGCUUUCAACCUCGGUCAUGUAGAGUAUGGGCGAGAUUGCUGGUCAGCAAACGCGCGGCUGUAAAGAAAGCACCGCGACGUCCUGUCAAGGCAGAGUAGCCUGCGAACCUCGGCCCCUGGAAUACACAAACGCCACUUCAUCAACAACGUACCUACCACCGCAUCGCCUCCCAUCCGGACCCGGCGAAGACAUAAAGCCCGAAGCCGUUCCGGUAGGGCCUUAUCCGGACCCUACCACCGUUCCGGAUCUUCUAAACAGCCCUUGUGUAUGAUUUCCUCGGCGCGACGCCCGAGUUUGCCAUUUGCCCCGUGCGAGUCCGCUGCAGAUUGACAGAGAAAAUGGAGCUUUCUUGUUUUCCUGUUACCUUCUCCGUUGCCCCUUUAUCUAUCCUUUCCUAUCUUCCAUUAUAUCGACAACUUGCUGUCGCAAUUGUAUUGGUAUUGAGCAGCUUAAGGCCCGACUUUGAAAGCCUGUUUCUCUGCUCUUUUUUCUUUCCUCCUAUUUCGGACCUUCUUUUCGUCAUCUCUGUCUCUCCUUGUUGUGCUGGGGUCGGUCGGAAACCAAUGGCGUUUUACUGAGUGGGAUGGUUGCCAUGUAACCACUUGUCCCAUUCCACCUUGCUUGUCGGCCCAGACGGCCGUUAAAAAGACACCGACCGGGCGGCCAUUGCCAGCCAAACUGGUGCUGUUUCUAGUUUGUUACUGGUUUGAACUUCGCUUUAUCCGGGUGGGGUUAUCAACACGCUCCUUCAGACCCCGGCGAUGCGAGCUUUGUUUGGCAUGAUGGCCCGGCCGGACAAUGGGCGGUGAACUUGGCUGGUUGAUUACGAGAGCGGGGAUUAAAGGGAAAAAAAGGGGGAAAGGCUCGGAGGGAUCUGGGCCAAGUCAAGGCCAACGUCUGUCUGAUGUGUGUGGGUUUUUGCGUGUUACCUCCGUGCAUCGCUUUGUAUCGUCUCUCGAAUAGGACUACUGUUUUGGACGGGUAUUGGACCAAAAGGAAGGGAACAAAAGCUAGCAGCUCUCUAGAAUAGGCACUUUUGUCCUGGGCAAUGGGAGCAAUGAUGGCUAUCCCAAGAUUUGGGCGAAGCCAUGAUGAGAUACAGCCACAGUUACGCGACCCUCUGGGCGAGAGGAUGUUAAAACUCGGGAAUCCAGCAGAGCCACCCAUGUCAGAAGUGUAGUAGAACGACGAUGGUCACGGGGAGGGUCUAGGUUGAAUGGCCGG